UAGCUUGGUAAUUUUAUUGUGACAAUUAUUCGUUAUAAUAUAUUCUGCACGAAAAAUUAUGACAUUUGAUUCGAGCUGUCCCAUAGUGACAGUUCCACAUUGUUGUUCUUUCUCUCUCACACAUUGAGAGUUCAACAUUUGGCACUUGGUUUGGCUUGGUUUGGCAAAGUGAGCUGGCUUGGUUUGGCUUGGUUUGGCUUGGUUUGUUUUAUCAAAGAAGCUGACGAAAUUUAACUUGUUUUCGUGUAUAUUUUCAAUAUAUUUAGCUGUGAUUGUGGUAUUUAAGUGUUAAAUAAAGUUGUGCUGUGAUUACUGUGUGCAAAAAGUGUAUGUGCCGGUUUAAAAGUGUUUGAUUGCCGUGGAUAGUGUUGUGAACCAGAUCGCUGGAAUUUAUCGUGAAGCCGUGUAAAAAUGGCAUAAAAAAAAAUGCGAAUGGAUGGCAGUCUUUCGAAAAAACGCCAACAGUAUUUGGAGCAGUUGGAACGCGAAGGGGCAAGCGGAGCAGCACCAACCGAAUCUUCCGGGUCCAAGCGGAGUAACGGCGUAGCGGACAGGAGCCGAAUCUCAACAUGAAUGUUGAUGAAUCUAACGCCGAAGCGGAGCUAUGUGCGUCUGACGGCGAUGGUGGCUAUGGUGACAUGGAACGGGAAGCCGAAUUCGAUUUACAGGAGGAAAAUGAUUGGCAGGAAGAUGAGGAAGAUGUGUACAUGGAAAGAGAUACAAACUACCAGUUUUUUGACAACAUAUCGCUGCAGGAAGGACUUCGUUAUGUUGCCGUAACGAAAAAUCUGUCCCGAUCUACGGUCAACAUGAUUCUGGGUCUGUUGCGAAGAAAGCUGAAGCUCUGCCUUCCUGCUGACGCUCGAACCCGCUUAAAAACGUCCACCAAGGUCGGGAUGGAAAUCCAACCAAUCUUGGGUUUUCAUCGAUGGAUUACCCCUUUACAAGAAUUCGGCAAGGCAGUUAUGGCCGAUUCUAUUUAAGGUAGAGGAACUACCAGAUGCACCGGUGAUGCAUGCCGGUGUAUUUUGUGGAUUCACAAAACCGGAUCACGUGGAAGGAUUUUUGUGGCCUCUCGUUGAUGAAGUAAACAAGCUUCAAUCAAGCGGCUUGCGGUUCGGCGACAAGACGGUGGGUGUUAAACUUCACAUAUUUAACGCUGAUUUACCCGCCCGCUGCUCUGUCAAAGCUACCAUAAGCUACGUUGGCAAACACAGCUGUCAUAAAUGUACAUGCGUGGGAGUACAAGAAGAGAAAAAAGACAUUUUUGAUGAUGUGGAUGCUGAAUUGGAUGCUGAAUUUUUGAUGAUGUGGAUGCUGAGGAAAGCUUUAAAGGUAGGACGGAUAAGGAACAUCACACAAGUUGGAAGUCACCUUUGGAAGAUGUGGUGGGUUUUAACAUUGUAGAUCAUAUAAUCAUAGCAGAACGCAUGCAUCAAUCAGAUUUGGGCAUUUCAAAAAAAUUAGCUAUAGGAUUUCUUGAGCAUAAAUUUCCCAAAUUCCCCAAAUGGACAGAGGCUUCCAGUAGAAUUCAAUAGGAGAUUGCGGCACGUAA